AUGUCGAGAUCAUCGUUCUUCUCCCGGUCGUCACGGGACAACAGUCCUCUUCUCCCACAGCACAACGACUCUGUCUCUCUUGAGGAUCUCUCGCCCCGAGAAGCCAGUAGUCGUCAAGCAUCCCUUUCUCCGCCGCCGUCAUUUUAUCGCGCUCAAAACGAGCUGAAUAGGCUCAGUGUCUCCCCAUCCCCUCCCAGAACGAAAGCUCGAAGAAUACAAUUCGCAGCCCCCCCUCCGCCGAUCGCUAGCAGCGUAUGCUUUCCACCUCGCCAACAUGGCAUCCCAGAUGGUCCGAAGAAUAGCUCGGAGAGCUCUUUCCUAGGACGAAGUUCAAGCCCCCGGAUCCGAAGAGGAAGUGGUGGGAUCGACCCUUUGCUGGCCUUAGGACGGACCGAGAAAGCCAUACAGAAUCACCUGCAAGUCCUUCUAGAUGCGCAAUCUGCAGGACUGUUACAAGGUUUUGGAGGAGAUGUUGGAGGAGAUGCGAGCUCAGAUGCAGGGAGUAGCACGCCAACUACAAGGUCUUUACAAAGGAGUUCUAGUCGGGGCAAUAUUGGAGGGAUAGUGCCAGUAAGACAACCGAAACGAAGGGCUGUAGGACUAAGAGGUGCGAGGAGGGGCAUGUUGAGGGAUAUGGAGGAGUUGAUUUCGAUAAAGAGGGAAGAAGAGGGGGUUUUACACGGCGAAAUUGUACGAAGGAAUGAGGUUCUCGGGCAUGUUGAGGUCUACGAGCAGAAGAUUGAGGGAGCGAAGAACCAACUCAGCGAGUACAGUGGGCUUGGAGGGUCAAUAUCUGGGGAGGGAGAAGGAGGUGGAGAAGAAGGCAGGGAGAUUGAGGAGUUGAAGACUGAGGAGAGGGCUGUGGAGAAUGAGAUUCGGGAAAUGGAAGACAGGCUCGCGCAAAUGAAGGCCAGGAAGCGAUGGCUAGGGGAAAGGAUUAAUGAGACUGUUAACAAGCGGGAAGCAAGACUCAGCAGUUAUCGGGGUGCAUUACGAGACGUCGAGAUGGAAGUCAAGGAGUUUCUCAAGAGGCCACCUAUCCAUGUAUCCAUUGUCAUGGGAGACGAGGAAGGAUUCGUGGCGCUGCCGCCAGGUCGAAGGACGUUAGGCAUGGCAAAGGAAUGGUGGAAUAAAGAGGUCACGCAGCUUCAACUCCGCAAGCAAGAGGCCCAAAAGGAGAAGGCAGCUUUAGAAGAGGGUGCGACGCUUUGGGAGGAGAGCAUCGGUAUCGUGACGGAAUUCGAAGAUGAUUUGCGGAAGCAGAUGGACAGCAAUGAGGUACAGGAUGUUGAGAGGCUUCGAGAACAAAUAAUAAAGAUGGGAGGAGUAACUACGAAGUUGGGAGACACCCUUGGUAUUGCAGCAGACAAGGGGUGGAACUUGCUAAUCUGUGCCGUUGGAGCUGAGCUAGAGGCUUUCAAAGAGGGCGAGGCCAUUCUGCGUGGGGUAUUGGGGCAGAAUGAGAAUGAGCAGUGUGAAGAAGAGAGCAAUACCAACGGAGUGAAGAGACGUGAGAGCUCGGAAAUGGAGGACAGUGAGGACGAUGGACCCAACCUCGCAGAGCUUUUAGUCGAUCGUGGAGAUCCUGAUGAUACCCCUUGA